AUGGCUUAUCCCCAGCGGAACUCCUUCUCCCAGUCCUGGAGCCUGGACUUCUGCGAGCAGGGUGCCGGCGCGGACACGUAUUGUUUUCCCACCGCGGUGCUCCACUGCUCUGACACCAGCGGCGUCUCCCGCACCCUAAUGAAUUCCGACACGGACUGUCCAGAGUUAGCCCAGACCCCACAGACCGGCCUUAUUGUUGCCUGCUACCACGGCUUUGUGGACACUGUUGUGGUCUUAGCAGAGUGCCCCCACGUUGACGUCAACUGGCAGGACAGCGAGGGGAACACGGCCCUGAUCACAGCCGCGCAGGCAGGGCACGCCAUCAUCACCAACUACUUGUUGAACUAUUUUCCUGGUCUUGACCUUGAAAGGAGGAACGUGUUUGGGUUCACGGCCCUGAUGAAAGCCGCCAUGCAGGGUCGGACGGAAUGCAUCCGAGCCCUGAUGCUGGCAGGGGCAGAUGUCCAUGCCAGGGACCCCCACCGUGGAAUGUCCUCGCAGGAGUGGGCUGCUUACACCGGCCGGUUGGAGGCUGUCCGCCUCAUCCAGAGGCUGCUGGAGCGACCCAGCCCUGAGCAGUUUGGGGAAAAGUACAAGCCAGAGCUGCCGCUCCCCCCGGAGGCGGUUCUGAAGCCUGCGGGCUCCAAAAACUGCUUGCAGAGGCUCACCGAGUUUGUGCGGUCUGUGCUGACCUCCCGCUCACGCCAGGGCCUGGAGGAUGGGGGCGUCCUGGACCAUAUGGUCAGGAUGACCACGAGCCUCUACAGCCCCGCCGUGGCCAUCGUCUGCCAGACCGUGUGCCCCGAGAACCCUCCCUGUGUGGGCAAAAGGCGGCUAGCGGUGCAGGAGAUCCUGGCAGCUCAGGGGAACCCGGACCUGCCCGCCCAGGAUACUGAUCAGGUAGAGGGCGCUGAGCAGCAGUCACGCACCCUCCAGGCCGCGGGGGUCUCCAGAGAGGGGCCUCCAAGAGCCAGCCUCCAGUCUCCGCAGCUGCCAGGUGCCCCGCAGCUGCCAGGUGCCCCGCGGAGGACCAGCCUCCUGCCCCUGCAGCUGCUGAGGAGGACGAGCGUGCGGCCCGGCGUGGUCAUCCCCAGGGUGCGCGUCAGCAAGGCGCCUGCGCCCACCUUCCAUCCUGAGCGCGCGCCCUCCAAGGGCAGCACCAAGGACAGCGCCCACCUGCAGCUGCCCAAGUGGAGGUACAAGGAGGCCAAGGAGGAAAAGAGGAAGGCGGAAGAGGCCGAGAAGCAGCGGGUGGCCGCUGCGCAGAAGGAAAGGCGGGCGCCAUCCUGGAGGAAAAGGACGUGAGGGGUCGGCUGCCUGGAGGCAGCGUGUGUGCGUAGGGGGAGGAGGCGGCGGGGCUCCGCGCAGGGAAGGAUGCGCCUCCUCCUGCCCUCGGCCCUUCCUCAGCUCUGCGCAUUCCGGCAACAUCCCCUGCAGAUGGGAAUCCAGAAACGCCCUCUGUAUUUAUUCAGGCAGCACCCUGGAGUGAAUUGCCCCCCCCCACCAAGAAAAUUAGCCUAAAACCAAUUAGCAAUCAAUACGCCUAGUGGGCAGUUUGCCAAAAAGCCUACCUUUAGAACCUCACUUGAGAAAUUUUUAAGACCAAUUUAUCAAAGGGCCUUUUCUGAAUAAUUUUGUAUGUUAAUCAUGAGCAAAUUUGCAAUUUACUGCUCUUUGUAUUUAAGAUGGUAUGAAUACAUUUGCCAGAAGACCUUUUGUUUAAAAUACUGUUUCUAGCAAUAAUUAUUUGUGAUAUCUCUAUGGUUUCCUACAGAAUCUGUGGAGGCCUCCCCUUUCCUUGCUGUUUGUUUCAGUCUUUGCCUUUCCUUCUCCUUGUAGGUGUGCAUGCCCAUUGUAAGUUCUUCUUGAUUCGAUUCAGCGAUGCUUUCUUAUUGGUUCUUGAUGAAGUGAUGCCAAAUGUUUGUUUCUAUUUGAUGGAGGCAUUUACUUUCACAGCAAAAUGAUGACGUGAGACAGGGGAAUCAGUUCCUUGUGUCUUACUUUUAAAGCUCUCUCAUUCAUACUGUCGUAAUAACGAAGGAAAAUCUGUUGUCAAAGUAUGAAACCGUGCGUAGAGAAGCAUGCUUUUAUUGCUAGAACUAAACAUUUUAAGCAAGGGACUUUAGAUAAACCGAGUGCAAAGCCUUUAACAUAUCCAAAAAUAGAUGUGAGAAAAACCUAUUCAUAAAACGGGGGCAAAUGUAAUACAUUUUUACUAGAAAUACAAAAUUAAGUCCUAUGUGCUCUUAGAUCAGUUGAAUUCAGAUAUCCUUAAAAUUAAAAAAGGUGCAAAAGAAUGAGGCACCAGAAUGAUCCAAACCCCUGAAAAUGAAGGGGGGGGUGCGAGGGGAACAGGGAUUAGAACUAAAUAUUAAACUUUUUUUAGACAAAUUCUCCUGGCGUGGACUGGGCCGCUGCCUCCUCCAGACGCCAUUCCAAAGAUUCCCUGGUGUGGAAUUACUUUUAUUUCUCCUUUGAUGACUGCCUGUGAUGUUCAGUCCAUUCUCAUGCUGACUUUGUAGAAUUUCCAAGAUAUGGGGACUUCGGCAGAGCCUGUAUGUGAUUUGCCCUGGGCUCGGAGCUCUCAGUGGGAGUUUCCAUCCAUACUUUUUCUCUCCGAAGCACUGAGAAAUUCUAAUGAAUCUCUGGCCAUCUGGGUUGCAGAGCAUCUACCACAUACGCACUACUGACGGCACUUUACUUAAAAAUUAUCCUGCUUGGAAGCCAUAGAUUUAAGAUAGGAGAGACCGACCCUGGAUUCACAUGUCAGACGGUGCCGCCUGGCUGUGUCAUGAUGCGCACCUCUCUCGUGACGGAGGCAGGGAUGGCGCUGGCCUCUUCCCAGCCCCUCCCACUCGGCACCAUCGGGCGUUGUGCAGUCUGGGGUCUCAGACUCACCUUUCCAAAAACCUCAACCAACAGUCUGUUGGGCAGCACCAGACUGACGGGGCAUGGUGUGGUGAUAAUGCAGCUUUCUUUCAGCAUCACUGACACUAGGUGGCUCCUAGUGUGUGUGUGUCAGGAUUGGCCACCCCUUGGAUGAGAUGGGGGCUGGUCCCCAAGGUGAACAGAAACACCCCCAGGCUCCCUGACAGUCCAGUCUGGCAUUCUUCGAGAUCAUUUUCAUGUUCAUGUGUUUUCAUUGCUUUGAAUGGCUGGCUGCAUUUUCUAGCUGAGGGUCACACUUAGUCACCUUGCUUCUGCUGUCCGUCGGGGGCAGGGGCAGGGGCACUGAUGGGUAGUGACCUCCUCCUGCUCUCCACAUGUCCCCUGAGCUUGGUCCCCACAGUCAUUCCCUGCCAUCCCCUUUGCCUUCUCUCUUCCUUGCUUGCCUUUUCUUCCUUUGCCUGUUUUCUUCUCCAGUUUUGGCUAAAUGCCCUGAUUCCACCCCCCACCCCCCACCGGCACGACCACUCUGAGGUCUAAAAAGGGCAGAAAAGCAAAGUGCUUGUGAGAGGCAGUGAGGCGUUCCUGUUGAACGAUCGUGUAGUGACUUCUACCCAGUCAAGGAGGCACACAUUUUCCCAGUCCUUUUGCAGAUGGCCUAACACCUGUAAAGGGCCCCCUCGGCCCUUUCAAGGGCAGGAGACCUAGUUUGCUCUCCUGACUGACGAUGGCAGCACCACCCACUGUGCGGAGCAGGGAGGACCCUGGUCUGCUCGGACCCCUGAUGCUUUUUAACUGUAAAUAGUGAAUUUCACGUUGACAGGUACCUUCUCAGGGAUUUAUAUAUAAAAAUAGAGGAAAAGAUGAAGUAUAUUUUAAUACUUUUUAGUGUUUGAGUGAAUUACGAUUACACUAGACAGAAGAUAUUUCUAAGACAAUCAGUGCUGCUGUUUUGCAGGGAGAUGCCUGGCAUUGCCCUCCGUUGAGAUUUUCUGGUUGUUGGAGACCCGGGACUUUGGCAGCUGAAAUGGCUUUGGGCUAGAUGUGAGGUCACCUCGGCCCCUCUCAGUUACCUCUUGUGGAUGUGAACCCUUGUAUUUAAAACGAACUCAGCCUGUAUGUCAGCAGCGGUGGCUGAGGUCACAGAGAUGGGCCAUCCGUCACUUUUACCUCGAGAACUAGCUCCUUCCCGUCUGUGAUCGGCGUGUGAGCUGUGGGAAUGACAGUUUCUUGUCCUGGCUCAUGUGACUCCCUGUGCCACCGUCAGCCCGGCCCCCAGCUCGCCGCUGGGACAGUGGAGGGAAAAGCUGGAGAGCUGGGAGAAGUUGAUCUGGAAUGAUCUCAGCGUUAAGAGGCAUAAGCUCUUGUGUCUUUAGCCACAGUAGAGACACGGCCCAUGACAUUAGGGACCUUCCUCACUCGGAAGCCCCUCCCAACAGGCUCCCGACAGUGGCACCGUCACCUCGGGAACGUGAAGGUGGGAAAUCGUGGCCAGUUCCUGUCUCAGUCUCACAUCCUCCCGAGACACCAGGCUCCUUCUGCAGAGGACAGAGAUGCGUGAGGUCAGCUGGGACACGGGGCUCGCACGUACACAGGCCACUCCGAUGCCUCUGCCCACUUCCUCCCAGGCUGUCAGUGGUGAGCGGGUCUCCGGGGUCCAGCGUCGGGGCACAGAGACCAGGAGUCGCUGUGUGAAAUGGAAUCCCACGAGGUGGGGCCAGACCCUCGUCCUGACGGGCGCCAAACCUGCCACCCGUCGGGAAGAGCCAGGGGUACCAAGUUAGGAAGAAAGGCCUCCCUGGGCAUUACAUUAAUGAGUCAGGACCCAGAAGCGGGCAUGAUUUGUCCCCUGAGCCUCUGGCAGGAGCGCUGCCUUCCCCCCUUGUCCACACUACCGUCUCUUCCUGAUUGACCCGUUUGCUCGGCGGAAGGAGCUCCGAUGGAGGUCAGGUGUUCGUCUUGCCCCAGCCGCCCCUGCAGAUUCCUGCUCAAGCCUGGCCAGCGGCCUGGGGGACCCCCUCCUGCAGGGAAGGGAGGGGAAGGCAGGGGCACCAUCACACCGGCCCCUGCAGAACGGUGAGGUCACGUGUCUGAAGAGACCUGGAAUCCAGGAAAUAAGCAUCACCGUGGGGGUGCUCUUACCCACGAGGGACCUUAUGACCAAACCGUUCUUCCUAAAGCGCCGAUUGCCGUUUUCUCUGCUUUACACCUCGAUGCGUCUAGAAAAUGUUUCUUUCGUCUGUGUAACUCUUGAGUCAGCGGCCCAUUUCUGUGCCCUCGAAUUCACCUGUUUCUUCAUUAACAUUGAAGAUAAGUGGCUAAAGAAAUUCCUCUGGAGGUUGUUUUUUAGGAAACAAACAAACGAAAACACAAAACACAAAACCCACCACUACCUGAAUUGAUGUAACUAGUGACUCAGUUGAAUGCCGGGGCCGUUGGCACAAUUUCUGCCCUGUCACCCAGCCCGAAACAAGACUUCUGUGAAGGCACUGUUCCUGUAGUGCCCCAUUGGCCCUCGGCUGCAGGCCCAAGCCGGAGCACGCGGCGUGUGACGGGGUGUGAGCGCACAUGCACAUGCACACACUUAAGUGAACCAGCGGUAGAGCAGGUCCUGUGCUCGCAGAGGUGCCCGCUGCCAUGGACCAGGUGUAACCUGCAUCACACCUGUGGGUUCAGGAGGGUUGGACGGUCCAAGGGCUGCUGGAAACACGUCAUCCAGUGGGACAUGGAGCAGAGCUGGCGUGUCGUAACCCAGAUCUUCUCAAAGCAUGGUGUUGGGCCAGGCGCGUCAUAUGGGACAAGGUUUGGUAGCCGCGUCGGGGACAUCUCUCUGCCUCUGAUGUGUGUCCUCUGCACUGAGAAGCAAAAGCCAGAGAGGACUCUGGGAGCUCCAGCGGGCUUUCAGCUGUGGCCACCGGGUGGGGACUGAAUUUCUUUGAGUUUGGUGCCAGGUUAGCCCAUAGGAUCCACAUCUUCGUGAGCAAGCCCUAGGAUUUCCCCAAAUCCCAAGCAUGAAGUACUCUAAUCAAAGCUAACACAGUUUGGGUUUUGAGAGGCAUUCAUGGAUUCAUCAUAGUAUUACUCCUUGAUGUUGUUUUUAGAGAGAUGUAGGAGAGAAACAGAAAUGAACCUGAUCACUCCAGGCAGAGUAGUGACCUGUGUUGACCUGACACCAUAUACUGUUUUGGGAGCUUGCAUUGAAGCACUUUAAACACCAGCUCUUGAGCAGAAAGUUCUAGAAGCUGGUUUGGAACUGCAAAAUUGUGGAGAACUGGAUGAAAACCAAAAAAAAAAAAAAAAGCCGUAAACCUGGAAAUGUUACCAGCAGCCCUCCGACCCUGUGAGGGCAUCCUCAGGAAUUUGAGUGCUACACCCCUGGUCCGUUGAACAGGAAAAGGUUUCCUUGGAAUACUCUCUUCAUCCAAAUCAUUGUCCUGCCUUGUCGUGUUUUGGGUGCCUGAGGAUGCGUGUUUUUAAUAAUGGCCACUUUAUCAUAGUCUGAGAAUUGAACAGACUUCUGCACAAGGUACCAGAUGUCAAGUUCUGUCAUCUUGGUGUGAGCUGUUUUCUGAAUGUAAAGUUCUUUUCAUUGUCAUUUCUGAAAAUGGCUAUUGUAAGAAUGUUGACCAUGGGUGGCAUCGUGUACAUUUCAUGGGCUUUUAUUUUGAAGGUGAGUUUUGUUACGGUUUAUAAGAGAUUUUCCUAUGUAGACCUCAGGGCUAUUUUCAGACCUACGAAUACAUGUGACUCCCAGCAGCUUCAAAUCCUUGAAUCCAAAACGUUAAUAGUCUUUAAGUUAAAUAUGUACAUUAUUCAGCAGAAAGAAUGUCUGUUCCCUUUACCUUCUAACAAAUUCUGUAUCUAAUAUUUAAAAAGUAUAGAAAAAAGUAAUGUAAAAAUAUGGGGGGUUGUGGCAAAAAGCGCUUGUGAAAUAAACAGCCCUGGCAACA